AUGAUCCCAACGUCCCUCCCUCUCCUUCAUUCUGGUACCCACCAAGAAUAUUCCUGCUCCUGCAUCACCUGUAGGAAUCCCAACACCCACAGAGAGUUGAUGGCCACCAUCAGUACUGGAGGCAUUGAUGCUAGUGUGGUGACUGUCACCCACAUUCCAGACCAGGUGGCAUUUAGAAGCUUCUGGGUAUCCACAAAUUUAAACAGAAGACUGGCUUCUGGAAGAAAAAAAUUUGACACCUCUUUGCCUGAUGGUACCAUCGCCCCAUCAGAUGACUCCUUGGUGUCCACAAUAACUGCCAACAGUACUUCAGGUUAUAAACAUCAAAUGAGCUUCCCUUGCUUCAGAAACAUAUCAUGGAGCUCUUACUACAAGAACUUCACACUCAGCUUCACUAUUACCAACAUGUUUUACACAGCAAAGAUGAAUCAAAAGGACUCCAGAACAUUCAAGGCUGCUGAGCAUAUCCUGCAAAUCUUGCUCAAGGUAUUGUUUGGAAGCAGCAGGAUUGGCUCUCAGUAUUCAGGAUGCAGUGACCUUUCACUGAGGUCUCUGAGGAACAGGAUAGCAACCGGAGUGGAUAUACUCUGCACUUUCAAGAAGUACUCCUCCAACCAUGUCCUGGACAAAAAGGUGGUUUACUGGGAGCUGACUGAACAGCUCUGUACAAGAAAGCUAAAACACCUGGUUAUAGACAAUGAUAGCCUCAUUGUGAAUGGGUAUCAACAUAAGCUGCCAGGAAUCAGAUCCACAAAGAGUUCAAUUAAAUCUAAAACCCAUAAAGACAUGAAACAGGAAUUGGAGAGGGCAGGAGAGACACAUUCUCAGGUGUCAGGAAGUGAGGCUGGUGUAGGAGCUGUCACCCAUAUCCCCGACCAUGGAGAACCAGGAAAAAUCAUGACAUCACUGACUAGUGGCCUCCUGAUCCGGGAAUCCACUGUAUAUGCUAUAGCGAGUGAGAUUGGUGUAGGGCCCUUCACCCAUAUCCGAGACCACGGAUCAGCAAGAGACAUGACAUCAGUGACCAGUGAAUCUACUGCAGGUGCCAUGGGUAAGAAAAUAUUUCUUUUCUUUCUAUUAUACUGGUAUUCAUCCUUGCUCUGGGCCCUUGUUUUCCAGCUUUCAAAUAUGAUAUGGACUCAUCUUCAUAGUCCGAGAACAGGAAAGUUUGUGAUUAGGUGGUAAGACCCGGCAACUUCCU